CCGCCUUCUAGAGCAGCCGGGUUUGCUCCAAAAACUGAGGUUUUCUUAGUUCCCCGCCCCCCUCGUGGCGGACCUUCAGCGAGUCGUCUACGGUUUUGGAUUUGCCGCGCGCGAGGGGCGUCCUACGUCCGCGCCGACGUCACGAGGUAGCGUCGGCGUCUUCUCACGUGACUCUCGUGGUGCUGGGGGAGGGCGGGGGUUAGAAGGAUUGGUUUUAUUUACUAAUUCCCCCCUGGGUCCUCUGAGGUGGCCGACGCAUGCGCACGGCCAGCUUCGCCCGCAGCUCCUUGGGUUACACAAGUUCUGAGGUGAGGCUGGCCGUUGGAGCCACCACCCCAGAUUCAAGUAUCUGGGAAGGGCUUCGUCGGUCCUAUUAUUAUUAUUAUUAUUAUUACGGUCCUUCCCAGGCGCUGCGGAGAAGAGGAGCCGCUGCUCAGGGAGGGGCUGCUGCGCCCUUUCGGACGUUUGUGGGAAGCGACUGAGGAAGGAAGCCUCUCUGAGGUGUGUGUAAAGGAGCGAGCGAGGGAGCAGCCUGUGCUUGUGGGAAUUGCGGCCCGAUGAGGAAUGGUGGAAAUGGGAACCCAGGUGGGGGAGGGGGGACUUGGGUCAUGCCAUUCAUUUAAGAUGUUUUCUAGCAUUUGGAUCCUGACCGUUUGCUCCCCAUCCCACCCCACCCCCCGAAAAAAGGUCCUUUUUCUCGGGCUCAAAAGGUAGGAUAAAGGAGUGGGAGGGAGGCGGGCGGAGUUUAACUGAAGCACAAGUUCCUAAACCGAACAGGUAACAGUGAAGCCUGGAAACUUUCCAGAAUAUAUAAUGAAAGUCGGAUCUCAUCUCACUUAGGUUUGCAUUGCUCAGGGAUACUACACACACACGUGUUACUGUAGCCGAGACGAUUUUCCAGUUUAAAUUAGCAGCGAUCCCUAGACUGAUGUUUGUUUUGACCAGUGUUUAUUUUCUUGGGGGUUACUGAAGGGUAUGCAGUACCGGCACCUUUACACCCCCUCCAGAUGUUAAAUGUGUGGCACUCACAGUAGCAACUUAAUGGUGAGUGCCUGCACAUUUUUUUAAUAUAAAAAGCACUGGCUUUGUCUCUUCUUAAGAAGUUCGAGGAAUAUCCUUGACUUACUUUUUAAAAAAUAUAUAUAGAUGUGUAAUAUAUAGAGUUUGGUUAAAGUGUGAGGGUUUGUUUGAAGGUGGUAUACCUGCCUUGAGUUCCAUAUCUAGAAUGAAAGUCCAAAUUGAGGUGUGAAAGGUGUAUCCUGUGGGGUAAACUUUGGUGGAUGAACGUAGGUUCUGCACUGGGUGUGGCUCCUAUGCUAGGAUGGCAGUGGAGAACUGAAGUCUAUGAGGUCUGUUUCAUGUUUUCUUUGCAGAGAUCACCAUGUCUCUUUAGGUAUUGUUGCUGGUGCUGCACUAGUCUUUCCUGCUGUAUUGUGUAUAUUUAAAAGAAUAAUAUGAGUUAUUCCCCAUCCUGCACCCCUAGGUCCUAGAGUGGGUAACAUUUAAAAUACAGCAUAAAAAACUUAUUUUUAAAAAAUUACAAUCAAAUAUGCAAAUUGUGAAGGACAGUUAAGUGUCAGACAUGUUAGUUGUUGUUUAGUCGUGUCCGACUCUUCUUGACCCCAUGGACCAGAGCAUGCCAGGCACUCCUGUCUUCCACUGCUUCCUGCAGUUUGGUCAAACUCAUGCUGGUAGCUUUGAGAACACUGUCCAACCAUCUUGUCCUCUGUCUUCCCCUUCUCCUUGUGCCUUCAAUCUUUCCCAACAUCAGGGUCUUUUCCAGGUCAGACAUGUUAAGCUGUGGCCAAAUAUCCUGUAUUUUUAUCUUGUGAACGACCCUGAGAGCUUCAGAUGAAGGAUGGUAUUUACAUUUAAUUAAUAAUAAUAAUAAAUAGAACUCCCCAAGUCUUUAGUAAUAUGUGCCUUCCCUUAAUAUGCUUUACAUUUCUGCUAUGAGAAACACAUCAGUGUAGCUGUGGCAAACAAUUGCCGCACAAAGUGAUAACUUUAUAUGAUUAUCAUGUGUAAUUCCCUACACAUUUGGGGAGCAUAUGCCCAGGGAAGCCUGAAGAUCAGUAUAGCAAAUCAUUCACACCUUGAGCAUAUGAUUGAGUUGAAAUGGAUGGGCGUGUAGUUAUCGUGUGACAACUAGAGCAUUGUGGGUGUGACAGUCGUCUAUGAAUUCAGACAGAACAGCAAACCAUAGCACAGGCUCUGUUUUCAGUGCCUAGUUUGUUGGCCCUCAAACAGUGGUUUGUAAGCUCUUUUCUCUUGUAGUUCCAUUUUCUAGACAAAAGUGUGUGUGUUUACUGCAUUUGUUUAUUUAGGAAACAAUUGCUUGUGCAGAAGUAAUAAUAGUAUUGUUUGGAGUACACUGUACCUUAGCAUCCACCAGGUCCUGUUUUCUGAGCAUUCUUGAGACAUCUAGUUGGCUUCAAAGGAAUUCUGGUUCAACUCAGCAUGGUUGUGUUUAUGUUCGUGUUGUAAAUAAUAAGGGUGCCAUUAGCAUCUGGAAUGGACUGGAGUCCCAGAAAUUGUGUGGGUUUGCAGAUAAUUUAACACAUAAGUCUUCCAAGCUUUCCUAAAGUUCCAUAAACUAGGAUGUUGUUUUUUCUCACCAGAUUGCAGAUUUACUAAAAUGAAAUAUUACAGAGCCUUUAGCAGGAGCAGUACAUGUGUUCUUUCUUGUUCCAUUAUACAGGGAGAAAGAAGAGAUCUGAGAUAACAAGGUCCCUACUUAAAAACUUUUUAAAAAGCUCAACAAAAAUUAAAUUUUGAAUGAAAGGCCAUCUUUGAUAUGAAAUGCAAUUUUCUAAGAUUUCAACCCCUCCUCUCUUUUACAUUUAGCAUAAGCUGUAUUAAUUAUUUCCUAUUUUGCUGAAAGCACAUGCUCAACUUUAAAUCUGCAGUAAAGGUAAGGGGCACGUUGACAUUUGCUAGCAAGUCAGUGGAAACAUCAAAGAAUCUUGAGCACCUUAAGGACAAAUGACUUUAUUGUGGCAUAAACUUUCAUGGGCUGGAGCCUCUACCAUUGUGGUUGUUACUGGCACCAAGUCAAUGCAUAUCUGUUUACCCAGGCAUUUUAAAUUGCUCUGACUACCUCCUUUGCUUUUAUAGUUAUUGUUGCCUCUCAGUUUUAUGGUUAGUAACAAAGUGUGAUGUUUUAUAACAUUGUGUUGGUUGUUGUUGUGGAUUGCCUUGAAAUCCAUCAAGCUGAAGGGCUGUUUAAAUUUUGUAAAAAAAAAAAAUAUUAUCCUGGCAGUCAAAAAAGUUUGUCUCAACUUUAGUUCAGUCCUACCAUGUCUAAAAGAGCUUGAAUGCGUGGUUUAGUGUGGCCCAUUAUAAAGUCUGAGAAUCCUUGGAAUGACAAACUAUUUAAAAAAGAGGCUUUUGGCCUACACCCAGAAGUGUGAUUCAUCACAUCACUCUUCUACAGUGUUGCUGUAAAGUACCAGAGUUUAGGUAACUUUAUGUGUAUACAGUAUAAGAUAAGUGUCUUAAAUAUAUUCCGUUAAGAGUUUGGGUGUAAUCCUUGAUGCCUCCCUUUCCAUGGAGGCACAAGUUACAGCAACAGCCAAGGCGACAUUUUUCCAUCUUCGCCGCAUCAAGCAGUAGGUCCCUUACCUUUCCCGCCCCGACCUGGCCACAGUGAUCCAUGCGACGGUCAUCUCCAGGCUUGACUACUGUAAUUCGCUCUACGCGGGGCUGCCCUUGAAGCUGUCCCAGAAACUCCAGCGGGUACAGAAUGCUGCUGCGAGGCUCCUCACAGGGUCUCUGCCAUGGGACCAUAUUCACCCAGUGCUUUUCAAGCUGCACUGGCUCCCGGUGGAGUACAGGGUCAGAUUUAAGGUGCUGCUUUUGACCUUUAAAGCCCUUCAUGGCCUAGGACCCUCGUACCUAUGGGACCGCCUCUCCUGGUAUGCCCCACGGAGAGCCUCAAGGUCCGUAAAUAACAACACCCUAGGGGUCCCAGGCCCUAAGGAAUUUAGAUUGGCUUCAACCAGAGCCAGGGCCUUUUCAACUCCGGCUCCGGCCUGGUGGAACACUCUGCCUCAUGAGACCAGGGCCCUGCAGGAUCUGAUUUCUUUCCACAUGGCCUGCAAGACAGAGUUGUUCCGCCUGGCCUUUGGCUUGGAGCCAAUUUGAUUCCCUCCCUCCCUCUCUUUCUUUUUUCUUUUCCUUCUCCUCCUGCGGUGAGGCUACAUUUUAAUAUUUUAAUGUUGUAUUUUAUUUUUGUUUUUAAGUUGUAAUCAUUCAUCUUGUUUUUAUUCUUGCUUGUAAGCCACUCUGAGCCCGGCCUUGGCUGGGGAGGGCGGGGUAUAAAUAAAAAAUUAUUAUUAUUAUUAUUAUUAUUAUUAUUAUUAUUAUAUUGAUGCAAUUGUAUAUGCACUUACCUGGAAAUGUCACAUUGAAGUCAGUGGGACAUACUUCUGAGUAGUACCUGCAGACUGCACUGCUGUGGCAUCAACUUUUGUAAACUAGAGCUCAUUUCACUGAAUGCAUGAUGUUUUCUCCUUGGUUGGUAGGUGUAUAUGCACACGUACAGCUGAUUGGUAAACCUAUUGAGCAAGUUAUUAUUUCUGCUGUGUGAAAGUGACUGCAAUCCAUCUUGCACAUAAAUGCUUUUUAUGUUCAUGGUAGUUUAUCUGUGAAUGAUUAAGCUGCUGGUUAGGGAUUUAUGCUGCUUAGUUCUGCUAUUGACUUGCCAGCAGAGAAACCUUUUUCUUUUCUGCUCUGGAAGAUGCAUGUCUACCCAAGAUACCCAUAGUCAUGAUUUAUUGAAUGACUGUUGGGCCACAAUCCUGCUUCAGUGGGCUGUGCUUAAAUCUGUGUUGGAUUCGGACUGUGAGCUGUUAAAAUGACCCCAAUGUUAAGUAUACUUGUUGCUUGCUUCCCAUCCAGUGAGGCAGAUGGCAGCGCAAUGUGUAACAAAGGUGGAGCUAACCAUCUCUUGCAGCAACCUCCUGGAUAAAGAUGUCGGCUCCAAGUCAGACCCAUUGUGUGUGCUGCUUCAGCACACAAGUGGACAACAGUGGUAUGAGGUACAGUAAGUUGAUACUUAAUUAAAUAUUUCUAAUAAAGUUUCUUUUCUGGCUAUUAGCUCUUUGUUUUAAUUUGGUCUUUAGAAACAUCAAGUUCUGGGAUGUAAAAGUGAGUUUUAUUUCUUUGAAACAUCAUGUGAUGCUCUCCCCACCACCACCCAAUGUCUUAUACACAGGUUGAUCGCACAGAAAGAAUCAAGAACUGUUUGGACCCCAGGUUUUCCAAGAGAUUCCUAAUUGAUUACUAUUUUGAGCUGGUGCAGAAACUCAAAUUUGGGAUUUUUGACAUUGACAAUACAACUGUUGAUCUGAGUGAUGAUGACUUCUUAGGAGAAUUUGAAUGCACACUGGGGCAGGUAGGUGUAAAUAAUAUUCUCUCACUUUCAGAGAGUUUUAUUGGUUGCUUCAUUUACAGUUCAUUUGGUUCUGCCCUGAGAAAUGUCAUUUGACCUGAAACCUCAUUCAUGCUGGUAUUGUUCCUUCACCCAGCAAAACCAAGAAAAGGUCAAAGCGGGAACAAUAGCAUGUUACAGGUUCCCAUUUUGUAAGUUCUGCUUUUCAAUAAGAAUUGAAAUAGUAAAUUGUCUUCCUUUUAUAGGCAGUUUAUCUAAUGUUAUGUCAAAUGCUAUUGUUACAGGAACUAAUCUCUGUGGUUUAUCAUUCCUUGUUGCCUUAUGCCUAUGGAUAGACUGAUUCCCUGAACAUAAAAUCAGAUUUGUGUAAACCAGUUUCCUAUUGCAGGUAAAUUGGGAAACCAGUCAGAUUCUGGCUACUUAACCAAGAUUAAUUCUCCGUUUUCUAGUUACGAUGUAACUGGUAACUGGUUUAAACAAACCAUGAUAGAAGUAACAAAGGGGAGGGGUGACUGUGUGAGCAAUUUGGGUUGGACGUAUCUUAAGAGUCCAUAUGUAUAAAAUUAUUACAUGUGCAAAAGCAGUAAAAAUUUUUUUGUUAAAAAUAAACCCUGUCAUCUUAUGCUCUGCCUUGAUUGCUGAGAUCUGUUGAUGGGGCACCUUUGGUGGUUCCCUUCCAUUCAGCCAGCCUUUACCAGGGGCUAAACCUUUAGCUUGACAUGCCCUGCCCUGUGAAUUCCUUCUUAACCCUUUUUAACCCUGAGACUCUUCACCAACCAGAUCUUAAUAAUGUGUUUUGUGUUUUUAUUGAAAUAUACCUUUAGUUUAUACUAUGCCUUUUCAUAUUUUAUAUGAACUUGUGGUUUAUAAAAAUUUGUAAAAAUAAAAAUUAAUGCAUGGGUCGAUGCCAGUUAUCAGUUAAAUAAACCAUAGCAUAUUACUCAAAUAAUUGCAUCUGAACUGGCCUGUUGUGUUACUGUUUUUUCUAGUCAUCUGCUAAGAGCUUUGACUAAGUCACCAUUUAUGGAAUUCUGUAGACAAGGUAAAUUCUUAAUCUGUUGAGUUUCUGGAUAUUUCUGUAUUUUUACAGAUUGUUUCUAGCAAAACGCUCACCCGGCCACUACUCUUGAAAAAUGGCAGACCUGCAGGAAAAGGAAAAAUAACGGUAUGAAAACACAAGUGGUUUUUCCCCCUUCUGGUAUUUCGCUGUGGACAAAGAUUUUGAUGACCCAGGGAAACAUGAAUUUAGUCAAAACAAAAUUUAAGUGUGCUGAAAUUCUGUGGAAAUUAAUGAGAUGCAUGUUGGGAUCCUAUGCACUUUCUAGGAAAUAAGUGAAUUGAUUAAGACCUAUUUUAAUUAUUUUAGGUUUUUCCCCAUACAAUUUCCCCUUUAAAUUUCAUUGCCAGAAGGCAGGGGCUAGUUUUAAUUUAAAAACCAAUUACAUGCCUAGUUCUGCAUCUUUCAGAUUUUAUCUCUCAAACAGCAGCCUCACAUGCAACCUGGAGAAAUUGAAAACUGACUGAAAUCUUUCAAAGCAGGUUGUUCAUGGCAUUAUGAGUCUGUUGUGGCCAACCCUUCAAUGUUCUAAAAUGGGAGAAAGGAGCAUCUUCUUAUUACUAUAAAACUAUUCUUUUUUUAUAGCUGUGAACAUGUUCUUACUGCUUUUGAAAAUAAUAGAAAAAUAAUAGAAAUAUAAUUUUUACUUCAAAUUUUACUACACUCCAUUUGUCAUACGUUUCAUUCUACUGCCCAUAAAAGAACUCUAUGACAUACUUUAGAAUGCAGUAUCUUAUCAUGGUGAAUGUUGUCUUUGUGUGCUUACUUAGAUUACUGCUGAAGAAGUAAAGGAUAAUCGGGUUGUCAUGUUUGAAGUUGAAGCAAGGAAACUGGACAACAAGGUACUUCAAGGUUGCAAUUCUAUACACAUUUAUCUGGGGUUAAAUCAUAUUGAGCAAUGGGCAAAAUCCAACUUUGUCCUCCUACCAAAUAAAAUUGACUUGUUUGUGCAACAGGAUUUGCUGUUUCUCUCCUUUUUCCUGCAACUCCUGAGCACCCCCCCAAUACCUGCUCUGGAUGAGUAGAUCCUGUUGUUUGAGAAAGAGAGGGAUAGAGAGAGAGCACUUCUACAGAAAUACUUAACCACUACCAUUCUUCUGACUGGAGUUGCAAAGAUUUGCAUUCACUGAAUUUCCCAAGGAAGGAUUAAUAAUCUGAAUGCAACCAUGCAUGUAUGUGCAGCGCUGGUGGAAAAGAGGAAGUGAACUGCAUGUUUGUACUUGGCAUAUAGGUGGUGUCUGUUUUGAACAGGAAGUAAUGUAGUGCAAAGUUUAUUUAAAGGACUUUCACCCCAUUAUUUAGCUGAAAAAACUCCAAAGCAGCUUAUGAAUAUCAGUAAUAAAAUAGUCCAGGCUCUCAUUUUUACAAUCUAAAAGUCAUGACACACAAGGAAAAAGGGAAGAAGAAAAAAAAAGUAGAGACAUCAGUUCUUAAAGUUACUGUUCUUAUAAUGACCAGCCAGGAUGGCAGCAAUUCAGUUAGCAUAAUGGAAUGGUUUCUGUUAGGUGACAGUUGAAGGCAGGGCCAGAGGCAGGUGCACUAUCUACAAAACCAAUGGAAUUAGCCCUGCUUUUCUUCUUUCUGCUCUGCAGCCUGACGUUUGCAAAAAAAACAACAACCCCCAUCCUCUAAAGACAAUUUUGAAGCAAUAGCCUAUAUUUUAAUUGCAGGAUUUCUUUGGAAAAUCUGAUCCUUAUUUGGAGUUCCACAAGCAGACUUCUGAAGGAAACUGGGUGAUGGUGCACAGAACAGAAGUAAGGUGGUUCUCAUUCUUUUAUGAAGUGGGCUGAUUUGACUCAUUGCCUAUUUUAAUACUUUUAGUUCUGUUUUUGUGAGGUACUACUGGUUUCUAUAACUAUAGUAGAAAGAAAUUUGAAAGCUACUGUAUCAGGCAGCAUCCUAUCCUACUGUGAUAGGAUAGGAUUAGCGAUAGUUGUUGGAACAGCCAAAGUUAUAAAAAGAUAGUUAAUGCAAAAAACCCACAACCUUAAUAAUAUUUUAACCAUUAUUAUUUUGUAUUUAUUUAGGUUAUUAAAAAUAACUUGAAUCCCGUAUGGAGGCCAUUUAAAAUCUCUCUCAACUCUUUGUGUUACGGAGAUAUGGAUAAAACGAUCAAGGUAAUGUAUAAAGGAUGAGGAAGUAGAAUGAGUAUUUAAAACUAAACGUGAGGACAGGAUCACACUUCAAAACGACCUUGACAGAUUAGAGAACUGGGCAAAAACAAACAAGAUGAAUUUUAACAGGGAGAAAUGUAAAGUAUUGCACUUGGGCAAAAAAAAUGAGAGGCACAAAUACAAGAUGGGUGACACCUGGCUUGAGAGCAGUACAUGUGAAAAGGAUCUAGGAGUCUUGAUUGACCACAAACUUGACAUGAGCCAACAGUGUGACGCGGCAGCUAAAAAGCCAAUGCAAUUCUGGGCUGCAUCAAUAGGAGUAUAGCAUCUAGAUCAAGGGAAGUAAUAGUGCCACUGUAUUCUGCUCUGAUCAGACCUCACCUGGAGUACUGUGUCCAGUUCUGGGCACCACAGUUCAAGAAGGACACUGACAAACUGGAACGUGUCCAGAGGAGGGCAACCAAAAUGGUCAAGGCCUGGAAACGAUGCCUUAUGAGGAACGGCUAAGGGAGCUGGGCAUGUUUAGCCUGGAGAAGAGGAGGUUAAGGGGUGAUAUGAUAGCCAUGUUCAAAUAUAUAAAAGGAUGUCACAUAGAGGAGGGAGAAAGGUUGUUUUCUGCUGCUCCAGAGAAGCGGACACGGAGCAAUGGAUCCAAACUACAAGAAUGAAGAUUCCACCUAAACAUUAGGAAGAACUUCCUGACAGUAAGAGCUGUUCGACAGUGGAAUUUGCUGCCAAGGAGUGUGGUGGAGUCUCCUUCUUUGGAGGUCUUUAAGCAGAGGCUUGACAACCAUAUGCCAGGAGUGCUCUGAUGGUGUUUCCUGCUUGGCAGGGGGUUGGACUCGAUGGCCCUUGUGGUCUCUUCCAACUCUAUGAUUCUAUGUGAGCCUGGUUCACAUGCCAUACUAAGCCCAAACAUUGUUUAUUAUUGGCUACAGUCCAUGGUUAGUGAGGAGACUGCUUAAACUUAAGUCCUGGUUCAGAUAACAUGCCAAGUCUAAGCUUGCCUUAGCUCAGUCGCAGCAAAAAAGUUUGGAGAGGAGCAGAGCAGCUAUGAGUAUUCUUGCUAAGUCAACAUUUGACUUAGCAUGUCAUGUGAACAGACUCAAAAACUAUUUUUUAAAAAUCUGUUCAGGGCCGGAUUCAUCUACCCAGUCCUUCUAGUGGAAGAUAGCCCAAGGACUUCUGAUAGAACAACAGGGCCUUUCCCACCCUCUCUUCUCUCCCUGUGCCCUUGGGCCUCUCCCAAAUCUGCUCUGGAGGGUCAGGAAAAAACCCCAGAACAGGAUCCAGGGAGAGGAGAGGGAAAACCAUUCUGUCAGGCAAGCAGAAAUACUUGCGCUGAUAGAAUGAUUCCCUAAGUUCCAUGUUGAAUUUCACCCUCAGUAUUUACAAUUACAUUUUUGUGGGUUAUAUGGGCUACAAGUGAGCUGUCGGUAUGAUCCUUUUCUGAAAAUGUAGACGUUUGUUGGCAGUAGCAGAAAUAGCAGCUACUGGGUGUUUGAAUACCGUGAUGUGGAGAGAAUAUACCUGAGCUGUUAAAUGGGACUUCCUUCUUUUUUGUUUAAACACAUUGCAUACACUUAACAUGCUUCUCUAAAGAUCAAAUAUCUUACUGGACUACAGAAUUCUAUAGAAUGGGUGUGGUGCCUGUAAAGUAAAUUGUUUAACUAAGCUUUAAGAAGCAUUCUUAAAGCUGUGUAUUACCCAGCAUUCAUAGCUUCAUUAAAUCUAGAGUUAGCACUGUGUUUGUAACCCAAGAGUCGCCUAAUAAUACUUUAAGCUGUAGUUUGUCCUUGUUUGUUUCCUUUUGCCUUUAUUAUGAUAAUCUUUUCCUCUCUUUAACUUGCAUUGAUGAAGGGUGUUUUCUUCAGCUCAUUAAUGCUCAUUUCAUCAUGACUUGGUAACCGGUCCCACAGCAAUCUUGUAGAGUCACCAGAUCUCAAGCCCUGAUCUUGUAAAAGGUGUGCAUGUCUGGAGUGUAGCUGAUGCACUUAGCCCCCUGCCCCACCCCCACCCCACCCUCCACUUGCCAUCCUGGGUGCAUAUCAAGGACAUAGGAAGACUUUGGAUCCCAAGCCACCUACAGAACUCCCUUUUAAUUCACCUUAUCUGCUGUCAUCAGUCUUCUCCACGUCAGCUUGCAAACUUAGGCUUUUGGUCUCUAUGCCCAUAGAGAGGGUGAUCUGCAAAACAAACUGGCCUCUUGGACCUCACCCCCACCCCACCCCACCCCGGCCAAAGGAUUGCCCCUUCAUUGAUAUGUUCACCAUCUAUUCUCAUAAUGAUAAAAACACUGCUAGUUUGUUUCUGUAUGUUUCUAUAUGUAAUGAUUAUGUUUUGUAUUCUAAUUCUAAUUCUGUAGCAAAGUAAAUUUCAACCCCUGCUGGUUUAUUUUUGCCCCUUCAUGAGCUAAAAUGCAGUUUUCUAAUAAACUGUUUUAACUUUUUUGGUGCAAACGGAAUACAGAAAAACCUCAUAUGCAUGCAGGUCUGUGCCAUUGUAAUCAAAAUCUGGCCUGCCAUGUUACAUCUUCCUGAGGAAAUAGAAAAAGGUGAAAUAGAGUCUUGCAACCUUGUGGAAACAGUUUAAAAUGAAACUUCUUUGCUGUAAUGAAUAAGGGAAAACAUUUUAUACUGUAAUGACUAAUUACACAAUUCUUUAAUACUUUAUGCACACAGUGUCUUAUGUAACUGGCUAUUUAAUUGUAGUAAGUAAAAACAUUUUUCAAGCUCUACCCAUCACAAAUGCCUUUCUCUGUGUUAAAAUGGCUGUUUGUGUAUUCAGUUAUAAUACACAAACAACUUGCUUUGAUAUCUCAUUACAUUUCCUCCUGAAGUGUGUGUGUUGAAGUGAGUCAUUGAAGGCUUCUCUUACUAGGAGCAGGCAUGUAGUCAUUCAUUAGUUCUGUUGUGGGUGGGAAAUGUGAAUAUCUCACAAAAACAAGUGCAAGCUUGAGAAGGCUGUAUCAACUGUUAGUAUAUUGGGUUAAACAUCAACUUGUUAAUAAGAUGAAAUAUAGCUAUAGUAAUGCAAAAUUUGGCAAAGUUCUUAAGAGCUCAUACUAAAAGAUAAGUUUUUGGUCUUAUUCCUUACCCUUGAAUUCAGUUUUACUCUAAUUCUAUGUGCUGUCAUUACAUGAAAAUCUGUUUCACAGAUUCUCCUUGGUCAUAGCAGUGUCUGCAUGCUGUUUGCACUGAUGGAGAGUGCAUGUGCAUGUGUGUUAACCUAAUAUGGUGAUGCUCUUGCCAUACUUGAGUAGGAGUGGCAAUGGGCCCAAGGAACAUCAGUGUGAGGUAUAAUUAAAAGUAACUAGAAUUGUUUAAAAUAAAUGUGAAAUACACAUUGUACACAUAAGUGGCAUUUGAAGUUGGAGCCAUAAAACAAUUAUUACGCAUGCUUCGUAUUUUCAGUGAAACUACAGUUUUGGCUCUGUAGGUCACUGUUGCUGCGUUUUAGUCUUGCCUGCCUAAUUAUCUUGAGACUAAUACUCAGAAGUGGCAAAAGCCUGAAGCACACGAUUUCUUCUCUUUUGCUCUGUUAAAUUACAUGGUGUGUCAGUGCUGUAACCACAACAUACUGGGUUAACAAAGAAUGCUUCUUUUUUAGGUUGAGUGCUAUGAUUAUGACAGUGAUGGGUCCCAUGAUCUCAUAGGGACCUUUCAGACCACACUAUCAAAACUGAAGGAAGCGUCGCGACAUUCACCAGUAAGUUCUUUUACUUCCCUCUCUACCUCACUGGUAGCCUUAGGCAAUCCACUUUCUCUUCUCUACAGGCCCUUCCUUAUUUAUUAGAGUUUUUAUGCAUGGCCUUCCUUCAGAUCAGAGUAUUCGAUGGAUUACAGCACAACAUACAGCUUUAAUAAUAAUACUAUAAAAUAGAACACAGAUUCAUACAACUUGUAAAAACAACAACACUAGGUCUUAACUCCAAUCUGUACCAUCAGGUUUCACGGUCCUACCUGCUGCACAAGGUGGUGGGACCAUGAACAAGGACUCUCUUCAGCUGAUCUUAAGGUUUAGGGUGGCAAGUGUUGGGAAAGGUGUUCCAUAAAGCUUCUGUACUCCAAGUUUAGUGUUUCAUUGUAGUGCCUUCAGAAUCAGAGUGACAUGAUCCUAUAUGGUUGUAUCUGAUAACAGGCUGCAGCAGUUGCAGCUUCUGAACAACUUUUAAGGGAAACUGUGCAAAUCCACAUUGCAGGAGACAUCUGAAGGCAUCCCUGUUUAGGGAAGCUUUUAAUGUUUAACACGUUAUUGUAUUUUGGUGUUCUGUUGGAAGCUGCCCAGAGUGGCUGGGGAAACCCAGCCAGAUGGGCAGGGUAUAAAUAAUAAAUUAUUAUUAUUAUUAUUAUUAUUAUUAUUAUUAUUAUUAUUAUUAUUAUUAUUAUUAUUUUAUUUUAUUAUUUUAUUAUAUUAAGUAAUACAUGCACAGCUCCCUUCCCCUCUCUUUUAGCACAGCUUUAGGGAAGGAAACACAAGUUUUGGUUUGUUUUGAACUAACCACAUAGUUGUGAUUAAUGUCUGAACCUGAACAAAUUAUAGAUCAACUAUGUUUUGAAGUUGACUUGUUUUCCUAAAGCAUAAAAAAGGUAAAGGUAAACGACCCCUGACAGUUAAGUCCAGUCACAGACAACUCUGGGGCUGUGGCGCUCAUCUCGCUUUACAGGCCGAGGGAGCCGCAUUUGUCUGCAAACAGUUUUUCAGGGUCCUAUGGCCAGCAUGACUAAGCUGCUUCUGGCGAAACCAGAGCAGCGCACAGAAACAGUGUUUACCUUCCUGCCAGAGCAGUACCUAUUUAUCUACUUGUACUUUUUGGCGUGCUUUCGAACUUCUAGUUUGGCAGGAGCUGGGACUGAUCAACGGGAGCUCACGUGGGGAUUCGAACAGCCGGCCUUCUGAUCGGCAAGCCCAAGAGGCUCAGUGGUUUAGACCAUAGCGCCACCUGCAUCCCACUCCUAAAACAUACUUAAGAAUAAACAUGCACAGCAUCAAACUGUGACUGGUAGACAAAAAGCUUCUGCUUACUUCCUUGCAGUUGUGCUGGAGAGAAAGUGGGGAACUUACAAGCUGUUUUUUCAUAACACUAAGCCAUUCCUUGCUGCAAAUAGACCAAAUCUAGAAGUGGCAGAAUGUAAUAUUGCUAAAGGGUCCCAGACUAUCUCAGGUUCUGUAAACUUUGAAGUAAGUAUGCUUAGGAUAUCAGUCUUAAUAUGUGCAAUUUUUGCCCUGCUGCUGUUUUGUAGGCUGAAUUUGAAUGCAUCAAUGAGAAGAAGAGGCAAAAGAAGAAAAGCUACAGAAAUUCAGGCAUUGUGAGUGUUAAACAUUGUGAGGUCAGUAUCAAAUUUUUUCUCAUUCAGUUGUUAAGUUUACAGCAGUAAUAAUCACAUUUGACAUUGUAUCAUCCCAGCAUAAAGGCAUGGGCCGCAGUCUUGAGAAAAUGAGGCAUCCAUAGAUAUCCACUGGGAUUUAGACAGCUAACUGUACUUAAAAUAUGUCUCUGGAUUGUUCCAUUAGUCAGGGCAAGGGUGUUAAACUUCUAAAUACUAAAUAGAAUAAAGUAGUACUGCUUGCCAAUGCUCUUUUUAUUUUUAACAAAUCUACAAUCCGUCAAUAUAGAAUUACUUUAAAUAGCCAAAAGUUGAUGCAUAGUACAGUGGACCCUCGGGUUAUGUUACCUUCAGGUAACAUAAUCUUCGGGUUGCAAACACGGCAACCCCGGAAGUGGGUUUGUCGCUUGCGCAUGAGCAGAAGCAGUCCUUCGGUUAUUAAAUCUUCAGGAUACAACAAGGCCUCCGGAACGGAUCCUGUUAGUAACAGGAGGUACCACUGUAGUACAAAUAAUAGGUCUUAUUGAUCCCUGCACAACAUAGGAACAGAUACUUUUAUUGCAUUGUGUUUUGUAUUGUGAACAACUGGUAUCAUUUAGAGGAAGAGCUGUGUAUAUACAUAUAUUUUUAAUGAAACCACUUGAGAAGUGUUUCUCAGCAUGCUCAUGCAAAAGCACACAGCCACUUCCUUUAGUGUGCUCAGUCCUGGGCCAGUAUCAUAUGCCCACCUAUUCCCUCCCUCUUCACUCUGUCAAGAAAUACAAGCUCUGAGUUCACUGUAUGUGUGAGUAUACACACUCUGUAAUGCUAAAACAAGAUUCUUUAAAAGCAAAACUAAGUUCUGCAGAACUGGUCUUGGCCGUUCAGUAGGAGAAGAUGAGAGUGGGGAGUUUGUUUUCUCAGUGCUUAAUUCAAACGCAUUGAAGCUCAUCUGCAUAGCACUGAAUCAUGAUCUAGAAGUAUAUGGAAACACAACCUGACUGGGCAGGUGGACAGACCAUUAUGUCCUGUGUUGUCAGGAUUUUUUCAUGCACGGUGCUGCAUCUGCAGCGGACUUCUAUUGAACUGUGGUUGUCUGCCUCAAUCAUCUAGCUUGUAUAUUAAGUCCAUCUCUUCAUUAACAUUAUUGCCACUUCUGCCAUCAUUGCAAAUCUUUUUUCCUCUCUCUCUCCUCUGCCCCCCUACGCCAAGUUGAAAACCCAUGCUGAUGGCUAAAGGGCUCAGCAUUGACUGUAGGGGUGUCACUGUGUUCUGAAACCAAACCAAUUACCGUAUUUUUUGCUCUAUAAGACUCACUUUUUCCCUCCUAAAAAGUAAGGGGAAAUAUGUGUGCAUCAUAUGGAGCAAAUGCAGGCUGCGCAACUAUCCCAGAAGCCAGAACAGCAAGAGGAAUUGCUGCUUUCACUGCGCAGCGAUCCCCCUUGCUGUUUUGGCUUCUGAGAUUCAGAAUAUUUUUUUCUUGUUUUCCUCCUCCAAAAACUAGGUGCGUCGGUAAUUGCCUUAUCCUAAUAGGUCUAUGUUCCUGAGUGUAUCACUGAGUGCUUUGAUGAUUGAUUUUUUUUGCAGAUUAUAAUGGAGUGUACUUUCCUUGACUACAUCAUGGGAGGGUGCCAGCUGAAUUUUACUGUAAGUAAGCUGUAGCUCAGCUCUUUUAAGAGAAGAAAGGGGACCAAAUCCGCUUGAGAAUAAUCGUGUGGGGUUGUCGCACCAGAACCAAAGACUGGAUUAUAAUAAAGAUCCUAACCAGAACUAGCUGCGAUAUGAACCGUUGGCUUGAAAGCUACUAAGCACUGUGGGUGAGGAAGCAUAUAGAACAUGCAUGGUGUGGAAUAUGUUGGUGCUUCCCUCCUAAUGGGGGAGGGAAGUUGAGGUAUAGGAGGCUUGCAGUCAAGGAGGAUCUGUACAUUAGAAAAGUAAAAAAAAGAAUACCUGAUUUGUGUGAAAACUGUUGGUUAGGAUCAGGAGUUGCUGUAAAUCCCCACAGGAGCAGGAGCUAGAGCAGGAGUGGGCAACUCUAGAUCCUUAUUUAGUAUGGCUUUUUAAAUUCUGCCAUCCUUUAAAAUAAAAAUAAUAAUAAAAAUAAAAAUAAUAACUAUAAUUAUAAUAAAAAAAUAAUAAUUUAUUUAUAUCCCGCCCUCCCCAGCUGAAGCCGGGCUCAGGGCGGCUAACAACAAUAAAACAGUACAACAGUACAACACAGCUCUCAUCCCCCCAUUCCUAUUUUAUCAUUGCAACAACUUCGUGAGAAAGGUUAGCCUGAUUUUCUAGGAAGGUGCUCCCAGUAAUUUUUAGGUUUAGAAGAGUGGCUGGAGGGAAGACUUAUUCAGUCAAAUGAGUAAUUGAGAUUUGUGCCACAGUAAUCAUGUUUCACUCAGCUUGGUCCAUUCUAUGCUUGUUUUGUCAGUUCAACAGCAAAACUAAAACUAAGUAAACUGCAUGCUUCCUCAGCCUUGAUGUCUCUCAGGUUCUCCCUGCCCAACCCAGUUUUUCAAAUAGUUGUUGUUAAGAUUACGAAUAUUAUUCUGCCUUUCACCCUGAGGUCCCAGGGCAGGUUACAACAGUUUAAAAUACAGCAUUAAAUACAAUUUAAAACAACUUAGGAUCAGAAAAAUAGGACAGGUCCUAAAAAUACAGCAGUGCUAGUACAAUUCUGAGCAGAAAGUAAUAUUCACAUCAGUGAUGUCUGUACCUUUCGACAGGUUGGCAUUGACUUUACUGGCUCGAAUGGAGAUCCUCGCUCCCCAAAUUCCCUACAUUACAUCAGCCCUAAUGGCGUGAAUGAAUACCUGACUGCCAUUUGGUCUGUUGGGAUGGUCAUUCAGGACUACGAUACGUAAGUUUCUCUGCUAGUCUUGUUCUCAAUGUGCUUUUGUAUAUUAAAAUUAAAGCACACACAUUUAGAAUUAUGACAUAACUCAGAACUUGUGACAUACACACACACACACACACACACACACAUAAAAUAACAGCUCCCCCCCCCCCAAAAAAAAAACCUGCUCAUUUUUCUCUCCAACUUGUCUAAUCCAGAAAGGUGGAGUUCUGGUUUCUUUUUGUCCUGACUUCGUUGAGAAAUGUAGAUGUGUUAGAACAGAAUGUGUCUCACUGGUAUAUUCUCUUGGUGAAGGGAAGUGCAAAUUUUGUCUAGACUUAGCAGUUCAGUUCUAGCGUCUAAUGAAUUAGUAUCAUUAGAGUAAUUAUGUUGACAAUAUAUGAAGAUUGUACAGUGGUACCUCGGGUUACAUACGCUUGAGGUUACAGACUCCACUAACCCAGAAAUAUUACUUCAGGUUAAGAACUUUGCUUCAGGAUGAGAACAGAAAUCGUGCUCCAGCGACGUGGCGGCAGCGGGAGGCCCCAUUAGCUAAAGUGGUGCUUCAGGUUAAGAACAGUUUCAGGUUAAGAACCGACCUCCAGAAUGAAUUGCGUACUUAACCCGAGGUACCACUGUACUACAGAUCCUGCUCUGAAUGGAUUGUGUUUUAUUUUGCAGAUAGUUGAUGGUACUGUUUCGUCACGUUUUACAAAUCACCAGUGUAGCUGGCUGAUUUAAUUGGUUUUGUCUUUCAGCUCACCUAGAAAGCCUUUCCAAAGGGUCAGGGGAUCCCUCUUGGAAAAAGGGGGUCUGCUGGGGAGAGAUGGGGAUGGGAAAUUUUCCCUCAGGGAACUUUGCGUUCAUGAAAGUGACUUUAGCAUUUAAUAGCAGUGCAAGCAAGAGAUUUAUGCUUUUAUUUUGUGAAAGAAUGUAGAACAGUGACUUGUUUAUAAUGGUUUGCUCUAAAUUGCUUUUAUAGAGAUAAGAUGUUCCCAGCUUUUGGGUUUGGAGCUCAGAUUCCUCCCUCUUACCAGGUAAGGUGAAACAGUUUUGUAAAAAAAAAACCCAAAGCCUGCCUGAUUAGAAAUGGACCUAUAAAAUAAUUGGAACAUCUUCCAUAUAUUUACAGGUGUCGCAUGAGUUUCCAUUAAACUUUAACCCAUCAAACCCAUUCUGCAGUGGUAAGUUUGAAAAAAAUUAAGUUACGGAUGUUUAAAAAUGUCCUGGCAUUUCUAGGUUUAUUGUACGUCAGAGCAAGGAGACAAUAGCUCAGUUUGUAGGUUUUUGAACUAGCACCAUUAUUUUUUAAAUUUGCUAUAUUUAUAUAAGGCUGUCAGGGGGCACACAAUCAUUAAAUGCUAAAAUACAAUAUCCUAAAAUGACAAUAUCACAAGUAACAACUUGUGUCCUAAAAAUUCCCAGCAGAGAGAAUAAAAUCAGGUAACUAAAAAGUUACACAGCGCAUAAACAGUGGUUCGUUAACAUUGUAUAAUUGAAAGAAAUGUCAACUGGAAGAAAUAAAUCUGAUCAAAGCUGUCAGGUCUUAACCCAAAAUGAAGAUAGGGGAAGAUAUUAUUUAUUAAAAUUGUCACAUAAAUGAGAGGCCUGGGUAGGUUACAGUUUCUUCCCAAGUUUCAUUCUGUCUAAUUAGUACUUGUGGAAGAAAGAAUUGAAAUGAGUGUGUGUUUACUACCCACUGCAAGCACUUGAAGUUAAUAGUAAUUCUGUUCUCUCUGUGCUGCUAUGUUUGAGGCCAUACUUGCUAAUCUGAAAGGAACCUCCUCUAAGAGAGGUACUGUCCGUUUAGCCUCAAAGAUCCCAAGUCUUAAUUACUGUCCUGUAAACCUCAGCAUCCCCCACCCCCUGCCCCAUCACCACACUAUUGGAAUCUUAAGUUUUAUACGCUAUUCUGCUAGCUAGGCCAAUUACCCAUACAUGCCUGAGAUAAGCAGCAGUAUGGGGCUGUGAAUCUGACAAAUCCUUCCAUAAGGACACCCUUUCAUUUAUGUAUCUAUAUAUGCUUACUGAAACUUCAGUACACUAGAGUGUCAUUAAAGCUGUGGAAGAGAUGCUAAUAUUGAAAUGUAGUGAAGAAUGUUUACUUAACUUCCCCAGGAAUCCAAGGCAUUGUGGAUGCAUACCGGGCCUGUCUUCCUCAAGUAAGAUUGUAUGGGCCCACCAACUUUUCUCCAAUAAUAAAUCAUGUGGCUAGGUUUGCUGCUGCAGCUACACAGCAAAAAACAGCUUCUGUAAGUCCUUUGUAAUUUCUAAAUGAGCAUGCUCUUACUCAUCUAUUAUUGGAGGGAAAUCCAACCCCGCUCCCCGGACAUUGAUGGUGGGGGAGAUACCAUUUAGGUGUCUGUCUGCUCAGAGAGAGGAGCACUACUAAUGUGGAGGUGGGGAGGGUAGCAAGCAGCAAGCCCUGAAAAGGGGUGUUUGGGAGUGGUGCACCAGUGGCUUUGGAGUUAGUGGGUUCAAGUCCUGAGGAUUCCCUGAGGGGCCAGACCCUUCAUGCAGGGAGGGGAGGCUAUAUUGCUGAGCCUGAUGCCAAGUGUGGUGUUGGCAGCAAGAAUCUACUUUUGCACUCCUGGAUGAGAAGUAGGGUUGGUGACAAGCACAAAACGUGGGCAUUUAACAUGUCUGGACCCCUAUGGAGGAAACUUAAUUAAAUGUUUUGUUGUGGAAUCAAAGCUUCAACUUUAAGACAGCUUCAGUUUUAGGCACUGGUGGGGUCAGAUAAUUAUCUCCUGAGAGUUGAUAUAUCCAUAGAAUUGGCCUGGGAUUGUGUAAGAAUUGUUCCCCUCAUAAAGUCUUUGAGCCUUGAAUGAAUCUCAUUCUGUACCAACCUUUUCCUUUGAUAGAAGGGUGCCUCUAUAUCAGUGCCACCUGCGACUGUAUUUCAGGAGUUUAUUUCUGUUCUCAGUUUUAACAAGGUAUCCAAUUGUUCAACAGCAAUAUUUUGUGCUCCUGAUCAUCACUGAUGGGGUGAUAACAGACCUUGAUGAGACCAGAUCUGCCAUUGUUAACGCAGCUAAGCUUCCCAUGUCCAUUAUAAUUGUUGGUGUCGGAGGAGCUGAUUUCAGUGCCAUGGAAUUCCUUGACAGUGACAGUGGGGCUCUGAGGUCUCUUUCAGGAGAGGCUGCUAUUAGAGACAUCGUUCAAUUUGUGCCAUUUCGACAGUUCCAGAAUGUAAGUACUGUUUCUAAUUACACCCUUAAUGCUUGUUAGAUUAUAGCAGAAUGAUUCAGCCAGAAUCUUGGAGUUCUGAUGUGAGAUCCAAUAGCUUUGGCAUUUUUGGCUUACAAAGUUAACAAAAGAUCUGUGUGACUGCAGUUCAAGAAGAGCUAUGGAAAUCUCCCAGAAAGCCAGUUGCUGCUGGUCUAAAUACAUGUGAAUUAUCUUAUAUACACACACAAACAAGUAGGGUCUGAAGCUUUUUGCAUGAUGAGAUAUAAUGAGGAACGGGAAAGUAGAGGUUUUUUUAAUGACAGUGCUCCAGUAAAAAUUGUCUACCACUUAUAAACCAGUACAGAGUGCUCUGCUUGAGCAUCUUGGACUGUGAGUUGGUUGAGAGGAAAAGAAGACGCUUCAUGAACCAGUGUGAUAGCAGCUUUAUAUGUUCCUUCUUAGGUGGGACUGUACUGAGAAAUUUAUCAAUGACCAUUUCCUCUGGCAGUGUGAAAGUGAAGAAACCUGAGGCCAGAGGGCCUCCUGGGAUGUGCUGUGACCUUCAGCUGAUGAUUUGAUUGAGAUGUUUAGGAGACACCCAACUGCUAUAUGUAGCCUGCAUAUGAACCAGAUUGUUGCAGGACUGGCUGUGCAGCCUAACAAGCUUUGCAUAAAGACUUGGGACUUUAUGUAUCCGUUGCCCCUCCUGUGAGCAAAAUAAUUGAAAAACAAAAACAGGAUGAAAGAUUAUAAUUCUGGUCUCUGAAUAAUUGUUUGAUCUAAACAUGAUACUGUUAGUAACUGUGGCUGAGAAUCUACCCUAUUACAGAAGAAUUGAGUAAUUUGGCUAGUGCAUUUCAUGGAUAAAAGAAUAUUGUGUCCCAAAAGGAAGGGUAUUUUCCUUUUUUUAAAUGUAAGAAAGGCUCCUAUUACAGUCAAAUGAUAUGGAAGGCAAAGCUCAUCAGUUACCCCAGAGUGAAAUAAAAGGCAGACAUUUCCUCUUCCUAUUCAGACACACAGUCUAUUGUGUAAAUAUCAUUUCACUUAUAGCCAUUUUAUUUGUAGAAUAAAAUUGGAAAGCAAAAAUGCCUUUGCUUUCCAGAGAGCCCUUUUCUGAAGACCUGUUUGUGUGUGAAAUCUCAUAAUAGGUUUUCUGCACAUUUUAUGCUCCAUUUCCACUCCCUGCUGAAAAGCUGAAAUUAGGGCAUCAAUGUUCCUUACUUUUCAUUAUUUGUUUAGGCAAACUGCCGUAGGGCAAGGGGGGGGGAAUCCCUUACAUUCUAAUGCGCUGCCACUGUAGGUUGUACUUUAACUUGGUAGUUAAUAGUUUGCCUUUAUCACUCUGCAUGUAACAGGAUUCACUUACUAUAAACAGGCUCUGUUUUUCCUAGUAUCUCAUGCUUGGAACUUGAAAUGCCCUUGGAGGAGAAGUUCUGGUUAAGUAAUGCUUCAGGGAAAGGUUAGGGCUAUAUAGACUGGAAGAAAUUACAGUCAUUAACCAACCUCAGCAGCUUAAUUUUUAUGGCAUGUUAACUGCCCUGGCUAGUGGCAGUUUUUAUGGGCAUUACAUAAUGGUUAUUCUCCCUGGAUAUUCUUAUCUUAAGUUGAUCUGGUAACCAUCUUGUAGAUUAUCUAAAUUACAUUAAGCCAGCCAGCUUUUAUAGGUAUGAACUAGUCAAGUGGCUUAGGGGGUUUCAUAGUAAACGGUAAUGAAAUAAUAAAAUCCAGUGUGUCGUCCCAUACAGAUUAAUGGUGGGACCAAAUGGGCAAGUAAACCUUUGGCUGACAUUGUGUGGUGUGUGUUCAAGGAAAUGGCUUUUAAGUUGAUCUUCCCAAAUCAGCAGGGACUAGAUCGUGUGCUUUCUUUGCUUGACUUCCGAUGUUCACUCUGUUUCUCCUUUGAAUAAGGCUCCCAAAGAAGCGCUUGCUCAGAGUGUCCUGGCAGAGGUGCCUCAGCAAGUGGUGAACUACUUCAGCACAUUCAAGCUCCAGCCUCCAAACAACCCUGCAGCAAAGCAAGAUGGGAGCUGAGCAGCUGACCCCGAGUAUCCAGUUCCUUAUGUGGGGAAUGUCUUCACCACCUUCCUCUGCAGUGCCAACAGGCCAGGGUGGAUGACAGAACCUUUUGAUACAACACAUAAAAUGCAUAAACUGUUUCAGAUACUCCUUUCUUUCUUUUUUUGUUCUGGGUCGCCAAAGAUGCCAUUUUGCUUUAACAGUCAAUUGCAAGUGAGACUGAAAACUUUAUUUAGACUUAACAAAACUCUCAAACUAUGUACAUCUUCAGGAAGAACAUGCCAGUUUGCUUUUUUGCCAUGCCAUCACCCCUUUGGCUGCUUAUAGUGCGCAGGACAAAACACCGUGUGCCUCCAGCUACAGAGCUUUAGUGUGCCUUUGAAAGCAGUGCGCUGUACCCAUCUUGACUUCCUCCUUUAAGAGAGCCUUGGCUGCUCAAAGCUUGCAUAAGCUUAAUAUAAAAUGUUCAACCAUUUGCAGAGAAGCAUCAAGACCAGGGCAGAGUGUAAAGGUCUGUCUUCAUUCUCCCCUCACCCCCAAAUGACUAAUAUGUUGUCUUUCUUGGCCAUUUAUGAACAUUUGUAUCAUUAUGAAACAGUGAAAAGUGAGUAUAGAGUGAUACCUUGAAAUGAGCUAUAGUAAGACUUUCAGAUGUAAAUCAUGUUGGUUGUUUUUCAAAUCAAACAUCUCAUGUUUAUGCAAUGUUGCCAACAGUUGCAACACAGAAGAUAUAAAUUUAACAUGGUUUUCUUUGACUGUAUAUCAUACAGGCAUACCUUGGGUUACAGACACUUCAGGUUGCGUUUUUUUGGAUUCUGGACCGCCGAAACCCGGAAGUACCAGAAUGGGUUACUUCGGGUUUUGGCGGCCGUGCAUGUGUAGAAGCGCCAAAUUGCAACCGGUGCGCUCGCAGACAUGCUGCUGCGGGUUGCAAAUGUUCAUCCCGCACGUUCAUUCCGCACGUUCGCAACCCGAGCGUCCACUGUAUUACGAAGCUAGUUGACUUUUAGAGAAUCUGACUAGAAAGUAAUAGCAUGUGACUUGUUGUGGACUAAGAAGCCCAGUAUGUGCCAAUGAGGAAGGACCCUUCCUUGAUAGAGUAUUUUUCUCAAUUUUAUAGCUGUCUAUUGAGAGAGGUGUAUAUGCUACUGAACCUGUAUUCUUUUUUCACUUUAAUUUUUUACGCUGUCUUGGUUUAGCUAGUUCUAGGAUGCCUCUCAUUUGUGCUAGAGCACAGUUGGCCCAGAAUGAUUGAAUUUGUGUUGUUGUUUUUCCCUUUUGCACAAGAACUAAUUAGAUUAUUCUGUUCGUUCUUCACUGUUGCCUUUGGGGAAUCACUUACUUUUUUUAUUAACUUCUAGAGUGACAUAGAUUGGACUGAGGUGUCUGAAAAUGAUUGUGAAUUGUGUAGUAAGAAAAAGUGUGGGUCAGAUCCACAUCCUGUAAAUGAUUGUUCAGGGUCUAGAUGCACAUUAUUCCUCUGAGGCUGGAACCAUAUGCCUUCAGUCUCCAUGCUUUGCCUUGUGGUCAUGUUAAAACUCAAGGGUGUCAGAUUGAUGUUUAUUAUGUUCAAUCAAAUGUAUCUACUCUGGAUAAUCAAAAGUAGUGGUGUAUUUGGAAUUAUCAGCUGUUGCUGUGAUUGAAUGUUUUAUUCCUAUAGUGGAUAGACUACAUUGAACUGUCUCUUGUUCUCAGACCAUUGAUAACUUUUAUUUUUUGUUAUGUCGCCUUUUGCAAGUUUUUAUAUACAUCAUGGUUUCUCAUUUACUGGAUAGCAAAGCAAAACUGGAUUCAGGGUUGUUUUGAAAUUACUAUUUAGUGGAUUAUAGUCAACCUUGUAUUUGCUGUUUUUAAAGUCCAGAAGUUUUGAGGAUCACUAAAUUGAAAUUCAGUUAUUCUUCUUUCUCUGUGUGAAUCAAAUGCCCAUAUAACUGCAGCAGUAUUCUGUAGCAAAGUCUGGAAAAAAACCAUCCCUGUCUACUUUCGUUAAUGGUUCACACAUCUCAUUCCAAAGUGAAUGAGAAAACAGCAUCUUAUAUGGUUGCUAUUUCCCACAUGCAUUCCAGUCCAUUCAGUGUCUGUUCUGUACUGUGUAUUUCUCAUCUCAUAACAGGCCUUUAAUAGGUACAGUGUGGCUUGAAUCUGCCAAGUUUAUACUGUAAUGGACUUCCGGACCUAAAUAGGGGUGGACCAGAACUCAGUAUAUAUAUUAAAAAAAAUAUUCCAAAAGCAGCAUCCCCAGAAAUAUUAACAGUAUUUCCUUAAUGUCAAAGCUUAUUUUUAUCGCCUCCAUUUGUCUCUUCAGCAUGAGUUAUGCAUUAGCACCACCUUGUGGUGGAAGUUGAUCAUUAGCUGCUUUUGUAACGAAAGGAAUCUACUUUUCCUGUAUAUUUUCAAAGCAAAAUAUAGCUUUAUGAAGAAAGUAUCUUACGGUGUACGGUAUUUCUAUGCACAACACUAUUCCUUGUGUAAUACAGUUUCUUGUAUUUGAAGUUAGCUUCAGGUGUAACAUUAUCUUAAUGCCAUAUAACACAGUAUAUUAAACUCCACUUAUGCCCCUCAGCAAUUCUAAUGUCUUGUGUCAUCUUUUAAAGCUCUGAAUAUGCAUUUGCUGAUUAUUGUGGCUUUCACAGAAAAUAGAAAUAAUGUCCCUGCUUUGCGCUUUUAAGAAAUUAGCUUGUAUUCUAACUUUCCAAGAGCCUUCCCUCAUUCCUUUUCUCUCUGAAGCCUCCUGCCACCCCUUGAAAAUCUGCUCCUGAGUGUUGGGGGACCCUUACAAUGGGGCAGAAUAUGAUGCAAGAGGCUGUUGGGGCAAGAUUGGGGAACUGGUUGGAAAGCUACCAUUCUUGAAGGAGCAGCUUGGAAUCCAAGCCUUUCAGGGAUUUUUAACUACAUAAAUUACAAAUGUUUGUCUGUGAGAUAACAAAGUACAAAUCAGUGGUAGAGAAAACUGGAAUGAAGAGAGGGAAACAAGCAGACAACUAUGAAGUUUAGCAACAAUAUUUCAUAAUGAACAGUCCUGUGUUCCUGUAGAUCAGCGAUUUUCAAACUUGUGGUCUGGCACUAAACUGACAACAACCUUUUUUUCUCUGAAAAAGAUUUUGGGGUCUUUAUGCUAACUUUAGUUUCUUCAGAAUGAAAGAAGAGGGGUUGACAUAGAAGCCCAAUAGGGGGUGGGGCUGUCAGCGGCGGAGCAAGCCGAUCAGGCGCCUGGGGUGGCGCAUGUGCCCUGCACCCAGGGGUGGGGCCACCCGGGGCAGGACACUCCGUGGGGCCUCCAAGGAGUCUGCCUGCAUCCUCCCCUCAGUCGCCCUACAGCUGAGGGGGAGUCAGCAGGCAGACUGGGGCAGCGCGAAGCCUGCAGGCGCCCAAGCCACCACAUCACUCCGUCACAACUUUCUUGUGCUAAGAGCAGGGUAAAUACGCCUUAAAUGAAUAAAUCUGCAGGGGGGAAAACUUUGGUCCUGGAGAGCCAGCUUCAGUCAGAACAGAUAGAAGACAUCUACUUUAAUUUAAAUCAGGAUGAACAUAUGGAGUGGGUAUCCAGAUUUCUUUGUCUGGUUAAUAGUCCAGUGGGAAGCCCACUCUAUGGCUGUUCCUCAACCAUGUUUUACUUUCUUUAUGCAAAAAUUUCAUUAGGAGUAGCUGCAAGUUCAGUCGUCUUAAAAAUGUUCUUCUUAGCCUAGUUCCAGAAAUAAUUACCCCCAAAAGGCAUGGGUUACUUCUCUCUGGAGAACAGAACCACAGGGUCCUAAUGAUAAGAGGAGAGAAAUCAAAAUUUGCUAAUAUGCUAAUAUCUCUGCAGCAACCUUUUCUGAAUUUUUGCUCUGCCACAGAUAUUUUAAUACUUUGGAGCAAAUGUGAAGCACAAGGGUUAACUGAUGUCCUCUUGCUGGGCUCCUUUCCCUAAUCUGAUGACAUUAGAACAGAAAAAGGCUCAUAAAGCAGCAGAUUGGGUUUAAAACAGCUCAGUUAGGUAGGAGCUGACCUUUCUGCCAACAGUGGUUUAUUAGCCGAGGAGAGGAAGAAAUGGGCCUGUUACUCUGGAGGCUUGCUGCUCUAAAUGAAAUAGUGAAACAGGUUGGAGGGCCAUAAGGAAAGAACUCUACUGGGGAGAACCUAUUAUGAGCUCUCAUACCCAUCUUGUUGCUCUCCAAGGGCUGUGUAAUACUCCACAAAAGCAGAGCUGCUUCUUAGGAUGUAGGAGACAAUUUCAAUAGCAGCGAACCAGCCAGAGAGCUUUUUCCUCUACUGUCAAGCAAACCUGUUCCCCAUCAAACUUGUCUCAGCCGGGGCGGGGUGGGGGUGGGGAUAAUUUGGCCCAAGAUGGCAGUCCCAAUGAAGAAAGGCCUUCCAAAAGGCCAUUUUCUCCAGCUGAGGCGCAGAAGGGAGAGGCCCUAUGUUUUUUAUACUAAGAUAGGUGUGAGGAACCCGUAUAGAUGCAAACUGGGGGGGGGGGGCUGACUAAUUUCAGUAGAAACAUGUAUCUAAAAAUAAGCAGAUUUGGUCCUGUAAAACUGAAUUGGGCACCCAGAACUGGGUACAAUGCACAGCAAGAGGAUCCACCAGUUAUACUUUAUCCCUCACUUUGACUUCAACAGUAAGAAUAUCUCCUUCUCCUGGGGUGCUGGAAGGAGUCAUGCUAAUGAUAAGGGACUGGUUAGUGGUUCCUCUGAGCAAACUUGGUUUAGGAGGAGCCGGUGGUGUUGGCUGGCUGCUGGGAGCUGGUUCUUCCUUAUGGGCAGAUGGUUCCACUUGCAUCUGUGGCUCUUUGGCCUCUGGAGGCUGUGUUGGGUUUAUUUCUGUAGGUUUGGUUUCAGGCUUGGCUUUUUCUUUUUUGUCUCUUUCUGCCUUUCGUUCCUUUUCUUUCUUUGCUUGUUCCUCCUUUCCUUUCCUUUCUUGUUCCUCCUUUUCUUUCCUUGCUUGUUCCUCCUUUUCUUUCCUUGCUUGUUCUUCCCUUUCUUUUUCCUCCUGAAACAAAAACAGUUAAAUAUUAACUUCUCUUUUCCUUUUCCGCCUUUUCUCGUUCUUCUUUUUCUUUCUUUGCUUGUUCUUCCUUUUCUUUUUCCUCCUGUAACAAAAACAAUUAAAUGUUGUUAAAGAAGGAUGCUUGACAGGAAAUUAAGAUCACACCUAAGAGCUCUCUGCAUAGUAGGUGAGUACAAUCCAUCAAGCACAGCUAAAGGGAUACCCACAUUGAUUUCAGAGCGGCUUGACAUUGUCUUUGAAGGUCUAUAAAUGUUCUACUGAGAUUAGUGGAGUCUGCAUCAGUCACAUGAUGUAGCGAUGCAAGACAGGGCCUUCUUUGUGAUGGCACCUCAACCGUUGAGCUCCCUCCCUUCUGAAAUGCAACAUGUGCCUACCCUUUUUUCAUUUAGACACCAGCUUAGAACCUUGCACUUUUCACCUAGGCAUUAGGAAGUGGUUAAUGUUCAGCUGGAAUUUGUAGUUUUGCUUUUUCAGUGGACUUUUAUUUUUUAAACUUUUUUUUUUUUUUACUGUUACUGCCUUGAGAGAUCUUUUGAUACUAUACUGAUAUUUGAAAUAAACUGAAAUAUUUUAAAUAAACAAGCACGCUCAGAACUCUCCAGAGGUAAAUUUCCUCCAAAAAAUGCCUCCCAUGUGAAAAAAGCAGGCACGAUCAUAUGCUGAAAAAUAUUUCCGAGUGCAAUUGGAGGAGAAAGGUCACCAAAUGGUAACUUGCCCAGCAAAAAAUAGCCACGUGCCUUGGCUCACUGUGAGAAUGCAGAGGUGUGGUCUUAGGCUUUUUUGUGUGUGAGUGAUAUUAUGCUUACUUGUCUAUAUUUUAACUGAUGUUAUUUUUAACGGUUAUCGCUUUACGUGUGGCUGUGCAUUUUAUUAUUGUUUUGUUACAAGCUGUCUUAGGAAAAACUAUCUUAAAGUUGGGUUAUAAGUGAUUAAACUAAACAAACUCUGGUUGAAGUCCUGUUGGGCAGGCUCAGCUCAGACAAUAAAUCCACAUUUCAUGGUUUAUGAAGCUAGAAAUGAAAGCCAGCACCGAGCGCCUCUCCUUUGCUCCCCAACCCUUUAUUUUCCUGUUUAUGUCAGUGUCUGACAUAACAGGUAACUGGCUUAGCCUUUGUGAUGGGAGGGGAGGUUGUUGCCUCCACCAGCCCCUCCUCGAUAAGGGUAUCUUGUUAAAAGGAUCUGGGGUUGUGGAUCCUGUCCAAAGGCUGGUCGUGGGCUAGGGCCAUGCCAUGACCCAUCCAGGACACUGCCCCCCCCCCAUUUGACGUAUGUUGUAGAGCUCCCGCUGCUGGUGAUUUACCCUUAGUGUGACUCCCUGCAGACAGGCAGGAGUCGGGAUAUACUCUGGUUUCACCCAGUGCCUAAACCAAACCACUCACAUCUGUAAUCACAAUAAAGUUGUGACCAAUUUUAGCCCAUUAACCUAAAAUAUCCCUGUCCGUGUGUGUUUAUUAUAUAAGGGAACUACAGGGGUUUGUUACGCAAUUAAUGUAUAAAGAACAGCUUUCUUCUGUCUGCCCCAAAUCUGCUGACAAUAAACUUCAUUGUGUUGUUC